AUGGACGGCAGCAGCAGCGGAGCAUGGCAGCUGCUUGCUCGCGCGCAAGUUCACCCUCAGCAGGCGCCUCGUGCGAUUGCGAUCCUCGAAGCUGCGAGGAGGCGGAGGAGCUCGCGAAUCGGCUCUUACCGCACAGAUAUCUUCCUUGGCGGCUGGGACGGGUCCCUGCAGUGCUGGAGGCUGGAGGAAGAAGGGGACGUAGUUUCUCUCUCCCCCCGCUUCGAGAUCCCGCACGCUCAUUCCUGCUCUAUCCAAGCGCUUGCAGCCAUCGAGGAGGACGACGAUCUUCUCACUCAGGACAGCCCCAACGAAGCAAGAGGAAUGCUUGUGUCUGCGGCAGGAGACGGGCUGAUCAAGGCCUGGGCGACCAGUAGAUAA